UAGCUGACGCACGGGAGCGGUUUCCAGGGCAUCCGCAACUCUUCCGCUCUGUGUCAGACGAGGAUCCACAAGGAUGCAGAUUUCCUUUGAGUCUCGCGGCGUCCGACCACUGACUGUCAGCCGGCACGAUAUACAAGAGGGAUUACGAUUUCAACAUGGACAAGUUACUCUUCUGCCUCGCCAUCUGCUGUGCAGUGAGCUGCGUGAGUUGUCAAGACGGCGUUGACUUGUGUAAUGAAUCACUGGACCAGUGCUACGACGAGGAGGUCCGUGGAAUUUUAGGUGAUAUUCAAGAGCGGUUUCACUCCAAUAUAGGUGCACUGUGUAGCGAUCUCAGAAAUGCGACCCUGUCGCGCUGCGCGAGCACAGAAGCGACCUGCGGGGCCCCAAAUCCUUGGAAAUAUCCCGUCGGGCUCGUUAUUGGGUCCCUGUGCACCGACGACAACAUCCGACAAUUUUCGUCGCCCUUGGUGCCAGCCGACCAAUGCUUCCACAUCAAUUAUACGUUUGCCUGCAUUGCGAAGCACGUCAACAAUUACAACUCCCUCACAGAGUACAUCAGAUCUCACAAAAACAACGAGACCUGCAGGCGUCUCGUGAAAUCCGUGACCGACUGCGUCACGGCCACCUUCACUGCCUGCCCCAACCCGAAUAAGUUGAAGCCAAUGUACAAGGCUUUACUUACACUUGCACAUCACACCCUCACCGUCACAGGAUGCGACGUCCAGGGUGUAAGUAGCGGGGCUGAUACCGAUACAAUUGCCCGAGAGAGCGAGUGCAACAUUCAGAUGACCUGGAUGCAAAGCUGCGUGAAGAGCAUCAUCAACCCAACCACGGUGGCACACCAUCUUCUCGAAAAAGCGUACUUGACGUAUGAUGGCAGCGACCAGGACUUCUGCAAAGACUACAAGGACAUCCUGGACUGCAAAAAGAAUCUAACAACUGGGCACUGCUAUUCGGAGGGUACACGUGCCGCCCUUGCAAAGAAUAUUUACGCGUUCUCAAUGGCGCGCGAUUUUCUCUGUGAUAAUAAGGCCGAAAACCUGAAAGCCUUUAAAGAUGCGCUGAGGACGCACAACUGUCAUUUCAACGACGAUGUGCUCGAAGGUUGUGCAACCGAGUUUGUCGAUGCGGUCACUACAAUGGAGGCGUCUGAACACAAUGCGACCAGAGCCUUCCAUGCUCAACUACUCUGCAUGAAAAAAGAGUUCGAAACUUGUAAGGCUGCUCCAUUCCACAACAUAUCUAUGUCAUUUGCGAACGCUGCCAGAGCUGCCUUCACUUCAGCAAUGACCAAGACUAUAACAAUGACCAACACUACAGCUUCCGACGCCGCCAUGCAGCAAAUGUCCAUAUAUCCUGUGAUCACGUUGCUUGCAGCGACAGGACUGUCGAUCUUGCGAUUCUAGUUCGUGUGUGUUUGUCGAGAUCCUAUAGGCUAGUGGGACCGUGCGCAACAUACAUUUUCAUGGCGACAUCCUCCCUCAGACACUCCUCCUUUCACUGACUUUGGCUUCUAGCUAGACUGUGGGAUCUCUGUAUGCGUUGCUGUGAAUAGGUUCAUCGAAAUAAAAGUUAUAAAAAUUA